UUUCGAUUGCGCAUGCGCGAAUGAGCUGACUGUACGGAACGUGCUCCCGGAACAGAUCGGGUAGUAACAGGCUGUGGCACGGUGACAUUGGAGCAGAGAAGUAGGUGUCUUCAUUCUGGUUUUACAUAUAGGUCAACAUGGGGUCAGGUGUGUCCUCAGCUGGUGCUCCAACUGUCCAGGCAGAGACUAUUGAGGCAAUUCCAUCUCAGGGCUGUCCAAUGCACCAACCCCAGCCUACGAAAGUAUUUACACCUUCAGGAUGUCCCAUGCAUCAAACUCAGCCUUUCAAAGAGGCUCCAAUAACCAGUGCAGAGGCAGGUCCAGCCCAUCAGGACCGGGCCUAUGAGUUUGUGGAAUGUCCCAUGAGAGCUGAAGAAGCCAGGAAGAGUGACAUUGACCCAGCAAAUAUGAUGCCUCCUCCGAACCAAACCCCAGCCCCAGAUCAGCCCUUUAAACUGUCCAUCUACAGAGAGGAGUCCAAGAUUCCCCGCCACGGCUCAGAAAAUAACUGGGUUUAUCCAUCGGAGCAGAUGUUCUGGAAUGCCAUGCUGCGGAAGGGAUGGCGUUGGCGGGAUGAUGACCUCGCUCCCCAGGACAUGACCAACAUUAUUAAAAUCCACAAUCAAAACAAUGAGCAGGUCUGGCAGGAGAUCCUUAAGUGGGAAGCCUUGCAUGCACAGGAGUGUCCAUGUGGGCCCACCCUGAAGAAGUUUGGUGGGAAAGCCAAGGAGUAUUCUCCCAGGGCUCGUGUCCGCCACUGGAUGGGCUAUGAGCUGCCUUUUGACCGACACGACUGGAUUGUUGACCGCUGUGGGAAGGAGGUGCGCUACGUCAUCGACUACUACGAUGGUGAACUUAACCAUAAAAACUACCAGUUCUCCAUUCUGGAUGUGCGUCCCGCCUUUGACUCCUUAGAUGCUGUGUGGGAUCGCAUGAAGGUGGCCUGGUGGCGUUGGACCUCCUAAAAGACUUACACGUGGAAGUCAUAGUUACAUUUAAACAUGGAAAGACUGGAGUGGGAGGUUUUCUAUCUUAGCUCUUGGUUGUGGUUCUGAGCUCUGAGUAGAACAUGGUCUAGUGAGGAAAAAGUAUCAUUAUUCCUUAUUUUCAGAUGUAAUGUACAAGAUUGUUUGCCCAUUGUUAUUCUCUGAAGUUGUAAUUAAAGCAUAGUGUACAUCUAA